UGAUGACGUCGGAUGUAUAUGAGCGCAGGCGGCGGGAUCUCUCUCCCUUUUACCGCCAUCGGAGCGGAGUCUCUUUCUUCCCCGAGACCGCUUCACUGCGCAGCGCCGCCGAACCAGUCCAGCCUCCGGCCACAGAGCUAAGCAUCCUUUGAGACUCAGCAAAGAUGGCAGACUUGGACAACAAAGACCAGGCUGAGAUGGACCCGGCAGAUAUGGAAGACGUGGAGGAAGUGGAAGAGGAGGAGACGGGGGGAGAUGAAAACAGCAAAGCUCGUCAGCUGACUGUGCAGAUGAUGCAGAAUCCACAGAUCCUGGCUGCGCUGCAGGAGAGGCUGGAUGGUCUGAACGGCUCACCAUCAGGGUACAUGGAGAGUUUACCAAAGGUUGUCAAGAGACGUGUGAACGCCCUGAAGAACCUACAGGUCAAAUGCGCCCACAUUGAAGCCAAGUUCUACGAAGAAGUCCAUGAACUGGAGAGAAAGUAUGCAGCCCUCUACCAGCCCCUCUUUGACAAAAGAAGUGACAUAGUGAAAGCAGCCUAUGAGCCCACAGAUGAGGAAUGUGAAUGGAAGGCGGAUGAAGAGGAAGAGCUGACAGUAAGUAAGCAGGAUGAGAUGAAGGAGAAGGCCAAGCUAGAGGAAGAGAAGAAGGAUGAGGAGAAGGAAGACCCCAAAGGCAUCCCCGAGUUCUGGUUAACGGUUUUCAAAAACGUGGACCUGCUCAGUGACAUGCUGCAGGAACACGAUGAACCCAUCCUUAAACAUUUACAAGAUAUUAAAGUCAAAUUCUCAGAUCCAGGACAGCCAAUGAGCUUCACAUUAGAGUUCCACUUUGAGCCCAACGACUUCUUCACAAACACAGUGUUGACGAAAACCUACAAGAUGAGGUCAGAGCCCGACGAGAACGACCCCUUCUCCUUCGACGGACCAGAGAUCAUUUGCUGCACAGGUUGCACGAUUGACUGGACGAAGGGCAAGAACGUCACGUUGAAAACGAUCAAGAAGAAACAGAAGCACAAGGGCCGCGGCACAGUCAGGACGGUCACCAAAACGGUCCCCAAUGACUCCUUCUUCAACUUCUUCACCCCGCCAGAGGUUCCAGAAAAUGGAGAGUUGGAUGAGGACUCGGAGGCGGUUCUGGCUGCCGACUUUGAAAUCGGCCACUUCAUCCGUGAGCGCAUCGUACCUCGGGCUGUGCUCUACUUCACAGGAGAGGCCAUAGAGGAUGACGACGAUGAUUACGAUGAAGAGGGUGAAGAGGCCGAUGAUGAGGAAGGUGAAGAGGAGGCUGACGAGGAGAACGACCCCGACUAUGAUCCCAAGGUUUAAGUGGUGACAGUAGAAAAAUAACCCUAUCCUGAAGGAUGCAGCCCCCCAGCUGAGUGCAAGCAGCAGUGAAGCCUGGCCUGGCUGCCUUGAGGAUCAACUGCACUGUAACAGCUUCUCAAAUUAAAAAAAAAAAUGGAAAAAAAAUCAAACAAAAAGAAAAAAACGAUUAAAAAAUAUAGUUACUUACCGCCUUAUAAUGUUUUGUAUUUUUCUUGGUAGAGAAUUUGAAGAAAAAAGGUUUCAAGAUUUUUGUUACAAAAACUCAUGGUAAUAUACUGGGAGCUGUGUGGCUCAAUAUACAUAGUAUUUUACUAGACCUGUUUUUCCUUCUCUUCCUCCUUCUCUGUACAAUAGAUAGACUACAGGAAAUAUCUCCCUCAACAGCAUGAACUUGUUUCUUCACUGCUACAAUAGUUUGGGUUCUUGUGAAGUCUUUUGUUGUAUUUGCUCUUAGACAACAGCUGUGGUUUAGACUGCAUCGCGGCAACGUCAAUUCAUACACUCCCCCUUCCCUCUGCUUCCUCUUCCUCCUACCAAAGUUCCAGGUUGGUCAGUUCUGGUUGUCCCAGAUGAUUUAUUCUUUUUUUUUUUUGAAUUCUUAGCGGGGCCUUUAGCACUUGAAAAGCACUGUAGCAUUUCCAGCUCUAGAGACAGAGGACAGAUGGGUGACCUGCAGCUGGGUGUCCUUCCAGUUUAUCUAAUCUCGCUGAGGGUGGGAGGUUUUGGCCGCUUGUGCUCGACUGCUUUCCACUCUCGAUACAUUCCAGUACGCAGACCGGCUGGCACCAUCGGGAACCUCUCUCAACCGGUCUGUCGUCCUCCAACUGGACAGACCGUUAGACCUGAUCAGAAGUGAAGUCUGCGUCAACUUCUUCGCUCCCAGGGCUUGGCACAGCCCGGUCGAGUCUCUUGAACAUUCCAGAGAAUUCUUUAGAUGAUGAUGAGGAGGAGGAGGAGGAAGUGAGGCAGUUUGGCAGGACGGCCAGUUCGGGACACCCAGCCCCAAUAAACUUGUGCUUCAGGCUCCUCGUAGGCUCGCAGUGGCGUGGCUGUCGUCUUUUCUGUAGCACUUUGUACUAGUGUGUGGUGUACCAGUGGCGUCCUGUCAUCGGUUAGCUGAGCAUUCCUUGUGAGCAGCUCACCCCCCCACCUCUGUCUGAAGGGCCGCGGGAGGCGCUGCUGUAAACCCGCUCUGUGGAGAGUUCAACUUGUGCUGUCUGGUUUUCCAGCGCAUUACUUUUCCAACCGGUGGAGGCACACUUUGCCUUUUCAGAGAGGCUUUGUAGGAAUGGCGUGAGCAGAUGUAGCACAGUGGAUGACGAGGAAAAGUGUCCGUCUACAUGUCAGGUUCACAAAAAAUAAACCCUUCCUCUUGUGUCGCCAAUUCAUGUCUAGUCAGGUGACUCACACGGACCUCAGCCCAGCCCCUGAGGUCUCUGUUCAUUUUAAUCACUGUGAAAGAAAACGGGGAAGCGUGAUAAGGCCAUGAUGUUGGCCAAUGACCCACUGCACUCCCCGCCCCAGCCCUCCUUCCUUUUGUUACCCAGAAGGCCACAGAAAAGCAUGUCAGAGCAAUACUUAUAGUCAGGAGGGGAACCAAGAACAAACCGUAGCCUGCCUCCCUCUCAGUCCAUUCUUAAUGCCUUUUUCAGUUGUGAAAACAGCCAAGUGUUGGUUGUGUCGGGCAGCAUUAUGUCCACUGUGGAGAGCCAGGGUACUUCUCAUUCUGCAGGGAGUAUUCAGAUCAUGUUCAUUGGGGAAGAACGUGACUGGGUUUCUGUAGGGUCCUUCAGAGCAGCUGUUGUCAAGGCAAAAUGCUAUGCUACAAAAAUACUAAUGUACUCAAUAACUGUACGUGUAUGUUCAUGAAUAAAUUGGUUAAACAUGA